GUUCAUAAGUCGUCAGAGGGCAGUGGGGAGGAUUUGAAGAGCCCCUGCUCUCUCGGCGGCGUCAGUCGUGCCACCGCGGCCGCCGCAGCAACAUGGAGAACCGUGUCUUUCUUCUCGUGGCCUUUGCGACAGUGGCCGUACAGGUCGGGCCCACGGCGGCACAAUCGUCUGCUGACGCAUUGAUAGUUGAUCUCUCGGACGCCGAUCUGUCCGCCCUUCUGUCGCCUGUGGAGCAGCCAGCGUCCUUCGUCAGACCGUCGGUGGGUCAACUUCCCAGUCUCGUCAGACCAUCACCAGGCUUCUUUCCAGACCUCUUCAAGCCUUCAGUGGGCAACCUUCCUGACAUUGCCCCCGGCCGUCGCCCGGCACCUGGUGUAGGAUCAUCAUCAUUCUUUCAGCCUUUCAACUUUGGUUCCCGAUGCUCGGGAACUCAGCAGUGCGUCAGCAUCCGUGACUGUGCCACCAUCAGGACCCGGGAGGACAUUCUGCGGAAGAGGCCGGCGCUCUGCGGUUUCUCCGGUAGGCUUCCGCUCAUUUGCUGCGACGGUGAAGGUCAGGUCACCGAAAGGCCGCCCUCCGUGCUGCCGCAGCAAUGCGGCGAACAAAGGACCAGACGGGAACCAGCCGAAAAUCGCCGCGUGCGCCUGGCUAGCCGCAGAGGAACCGUGACAAAGUUUGAGGCGGAAGCAGUCCGACCUGGUCAGUCUCAUACACUGGUGGUCGGCGGGGACCCGGUGGAGCUGAUCGAACUGCAGCCGGGCGGCCGGCCGGUCCACCGCUGGCCCUGGAUGGUGCUGUUCGGCCGCUGGACGGACGCCGGGCUGGGCGACUGGUUCUGCGGCGGCACCCUCAUCACCGACCGGCACGUGCUCACGGCCGCCCACUGCCUGCAACCUGAGGAGGCCGGCACCGUGGGCGCGCGCAUCGCCGACCACGACCUGACGCUGCCGGACGAGGUGCAGCACCAGCAGCGGAACGUCUCCCGCAUCGUGCGCCACCCGCAGUACGCGGGCGCGCAGAACGACCUGGCCGUGGUGCGGCUGGCGGCGCCGGUGGAGCUGACGGACUCGGUGCAGCCCAUCUGCCUGCCGCCGGCCGGCACCGACCACCUGGGACAGGACGCGGCCGUGGCCGGCUGGGGCCUGCUCGAGUUCAACGGCGACUCACCGGACGUGCUGCAGGAGGCGCCGCUGCGCGUCACCGACCCGGCCGUCUGUGAGACCGCCUACCGGCGCGUGCCGCAGUUCGAGCGCCGCUUCCCGGGCGGCUUCCAGGGCACCAAGGUGUGCGCCGAGAGCCGGGACGGUGAGCCGCGCGACGCGUGCCGCGGCGACUCGGGCGGCCCGCUGAUGGUACUGAGCGCUCCGCAGGAUGAGGGGAGCGGUACCUACCAGCUAGUGGGUGUGGUCUCCACCGGCGUGGGCUGUGGCAACCCCGAGUUUCCCGGCCUCUACACCAAGGUGUCGGCCUACAUCGACUGGAUCGUCAGUCAGCUCACCUGAAUUAUGGGUCACAUACGCUUAGAUAUACUCUUACGCCUAUACGAGGGUACGGUACGGCCUUGCUCUUACGUGAGUUACGGGUAAUUGGCUACGGGCAGCGCGUGGAAUUAUUUUUGUGAAUUGGCUUCUGUUGAAGAGGGUAAUUGCCUUUGUUGUUUCAAUUGAAAGCGUUCAAGAGCGUGUUUGGCUCUAUGUGUUGGACACUUACCUACUUAUUUUUGCGAUUCAUCUCUUGGCUGGUUUGCAACGGUGCGUUUUGUGCUUACUUGCUUGAUGUGUGAUGUGAUUGCUUAGUGAGAUGGGUUCCAACAAAUGCAUUAAUAAAUGCAUGGAGACGGAUGAUGAUUUUCAUUGUGGAAUGUGCACAAUAAAUGCAGCCCUGCUGAAGGA